AUGUCUGCAUCUUUGCAUACCAGUUUCCUCCACUCUUCGUAUGAUAAUCCUUUCAUGAAUGCGUCCGGCGUUCAUUGUAUGACAACUAAGGAACUCGAAGAGCUGAGUGAAUCAAAAGCUGGUGGUUUCAUUACCAAGAGUGCUACUACCCUGCAAAGAGAUGGUAACCCUGAACCUCGUUAUUUCUCCGUUCCACUGGGUAGUAUUAACUCUAUGGGCUUGCCAAACGCCGGGUUCGAGUACUAUAUGAGCUAUGUCCUUGAUUAUCAAGAAAAAAAUCCAAAUUUAAACCCUCCUUUUUUUUCUGUAGCUGGCAUGAGUGUGGAAGAAAAUCUGAAACUCUUGAGAAGAAUUCAAGAUAGCGAGUUCUAUGGAGUUACGGAGCUAAACCUAUCAUGUCCUAAUGUUCCUGGUAAGCCUCAGGUUGCGUAUGAUUUUGAAUUAACCAAAGAAAUUCUGACAAAAGUAUUUGAGUUUUUCAAAAAACCAUUGGGUGUUAAAUUACCGCCAUAUUUUGACUUUGCUCAUUUCAAUAUAAUGACAGACAUUUUGAAUCAGUUUCCUCUAUGUUACGUUAACUGCAUCAAUAGCAUCGGGAAUGGUCUUUAUAUCGAUAGCGAGAACGAAUCUGUUGUUAUCAGGCCUAAAGACGGUUUUGGUGGCAUCGGUGGUGAUUAUGUUAAGCCAACGGCAUUAGCUAAUGUACGGGCAUUCUAUACCCGUUUGAAUCCGAAUAUCAAAAUCAUUGGGACAGGUGGCAUAAGGUCGGGACAAGAUGCAUUUGAACAUUUGUUGUGUGGUGCAACCAUGCUGCAGGUCGGUACCGAACUCUAUAAGGAAGGGCCUUCGAUCUUUGAUCGCUUAGAAUGUGAGUUGAAAGAUAUAAUGAACAAGAAGGGUUAUGCCACAAUUGAUGAGUUUCGCGGAAAGCUAAAAGGUCUGUAG